AUGACUGUCGGCUCCAACAAUCAGAAAAUCUCUUUCUUCGCCAGCGGAGGUUACAAUGAGACCUAUGUUUACGGAACGAAUGGAUUCUGUACAGAUUCCUACUCAUCGGGAGCAUGCGUAACAUUCCGUGGCGGAGCGUACGAUGCAUCGAAAUCGUCUACAGACAAGUUGAUCAGCAGUCGAAAGGAUAGUGAUGAUUUUAAAGCGGAGUGGAUGGAAGAUACUCUUAGCUUCGGUAUAAACACAUCGCUUUCUUUGUUUGGAUUCGGCGUUCCGAAACAAGACCUCAAUCAGGCCUUCACCAGCCAAUCACAGCUCGGCUUGGGCAGGAAUUCAUCGUUUUUACAAGCACUUGUAUCUGCCGGCGACAUAGGUACGAAAGUAUACUCCAUAUUUUGGGGACUCGUCGGUGGUCCCGCCGAAAAGCAGACUGGAGGGUCAUUGGUUCUCGGCGGUCUGGACAGAUCGUUGAUUUCAAAUCCAAAUGACAACUCCACAGCAUCACUGUUCCGAGGCAGCCGCUGUAGGACGGGCAUGGUAGUAAUGAUCAGCGACAUCCUUCUGAACUGGCCAAACGGUACCGACAUGAGCGUCCUUAUGGGGUCACAAUCAGCGGCGAUACAAGCAUGCAUAAGUCCUAGCUUCGCGGGACUAAUGACACUUCCACUAAGCUAUUACAAAAACUUCAGAUUGCUCGCGGGCGGAACACUUCCAGAUAACAUGACUGAUGCAAGAAGCCUUGGUAUUAACUACUUUACAAUGCUGUUUGAUCUGAGUAACGUUUAUUACGGAGGUCUGACGAUCCAGCUUCACAACAGCAUCUCAGUGAAGAUUCCCAAUACCGAACUCGUUACGAAUACAUCGGUGCGAAACGUCGUUAUCAAUUCCCUUCAGUCCUAUAAUGGCAACGAUCUGCCAGUCCUUGGCCGACUGUUUAUGAGCUCAGCCUAUAUAAUGGUCAAUCAAAAAGCAGAGAGAUUUUCCGUCUGGCAAGCGAACACAGGGUCGAGAACCCCUAAUGUAGUCGCAGUCGACAAACAGAAUAACAUGAUUAGCGAGUUUUGCACGAACUCGACGGGUAGAUCAGUCGAUGCUGCACCUUCGCCAACCUCUUCCGUCAACGUCCUAGUGCCACAAAAUGAAGCGUCAGAGCUAUCAGGUGGCUUAAUCGGCGGUAUAAUUGCUGGUGCAUUGGGAGGUCUAGCCCUACUUGGUGCCAUCGGCUUUAUUCUGUAUCGGAGACAAAGGCUAGGUAACGCGGCAAUAAAAGCAGUACGAGAACCAGAGUUGCAGACAAUACUAGAUGUAAAGUCGCCUACACUUGCUGUAGUUCGAGCGGUGCCUCAGGAACUUCCUGCAAAUCAGUACGAUAUAAGAGAGCUGGACAGUCGGACCGUCGGUAAGGGCAGAGAAUAUUAG